AUGUCCACAAGAUCGCUACGGCACAGAUCGAGCCGGUACUCGAGUCCCGCCACGUUUGGUGAGAAGGAUGUCACGCCCAAGCACGUCGAGGCUCCUGUGGCACGAAAUGGCCAACAGACAAAUCUGGACACCUGGAUCGAGCCUACUGUGCGGACUGCGGUGCCGAGUUUCGAGGACACCAAAGGCCUGGAACGAGUCGGCGUCCUGGAAAACAUGCAGCCUCUGGGCAUACCUCCUACCCAGCGCAUGCUACAAAAGCUGAAAGUGACCAACUACGUGCGGCCGUCACACAGACCUACUCCUGUGCAGGUCGAGGAGGUUGUGUCCACGUCGGCGGACCCAGAAAAGAUGGAUGUUGCGUCGCCCCUGGAACCCGAAAUCAUGUCAGACAAUCCGCCGGAACUGCCUCGACAGCCAGAUACCGUCUUGUUUUCGAGUCCGCCGCGUGGCCGACCACCUCGGAAAGAGGCUGCAGAGAUGUCGCAAGCUCCGACUGCCUCACUGUCGCCGGCAAAUUUGUCCUCUGCUCACACCGGCCACGCACAGCCCAAACCUCCGUCGAUACAGGAACACUUGCGGCGAGAUCGGCUUCAAAAUCACCUUGAACGAGCAAUUCAUGAAGCCCAGGACAAGGACUCUUCGGCUCUGGUUCCCGGAUUGCAGAAGUUACGUGACGAUGCUCAAGUGAUACCUGAAUUGUGGAAUGUCUUGGAGGCGGUUGUUCAGCAAUCACCCAACGCCGCUCAAUUUAAAGUCUUCAAACGAUACAUCAAAUCUGGGGUCAGAAAGCACCGGCGAUCAAGUCAGAUUUCAACCAGUCCUUAUCAAUCGUCUCCUCUUCGACGCGAUGCCGUCUCUUCUCCCCGUUCGUCAAAACAUCGCCAACCCGAUCUCAGUGGAAAAACUCCUUCACAGCCGUCCAAUCCCCGAAUCUCCCUCUAUUUCAAUAUGAACCGCGCCGCGGCGUCUGCUGCUCAGCCUGACGCGACGGUCGCAGUGCCCUCACCGGUGUCUCGCAACUUGGACUCGAUCGAUCCAUCCUUGCGGACACAGUCACUUCUACCCACCCCAUCUCCCAACAAACGGAAGCGCGCCCGCAGCGUGUCAAGCGAUUCAUCGCUUUCAUCAGCCAAGUCAUUUCCUGAUGAUUACGCUCCUCCUGCGGCCCGUGGGCCUGGUGGCGCUGAUGGUCGACGCUCCAGGUCAAUGAACCAACGCCAAGCCGCGAGCCGCGCAGCGACGGGCGGCCGACUUCGUUCAACUGCGAGUGCCACAUACCACGACCCUGUUGGCGGCCAACCUAUUGUCGAAACGACAUCUGUGGCCAAGGGCACGUCUAAGAAACCACAGAAAACCCGAGACGACAUUGAGUUUGAUAUUGACGAGCUCAACCUGCGCAAACGGGAUUUUCUCCAAGACAGCUUUCAUGAUUACAAUCAAAUUCCUCGACCUGAGAGUGACGAACGCGGGCUGGUUCAUGGCCACCCUGAUGUCCCUGACCCGAGCGAGAGACCUCCGCCGCCUGUAGUUCAUCCGAAUCGGUUACCAGUUUCCAGCACUGCGUUGUCUUCUCCAGUGACGGUGCCGCCUGAUACCAUAUUGAUCAACGGAAACGCAAACGGUCGCAAGAGAUACAGACCUUUCAAUGAUCCCGACACAGAUGACAUUGACACUGCAACCUCGAUAUCAUCGUCGCCCGGACCGGCUUUUGUCCCCCCACCGCCGCCGGGAGUGGCUAAUGCGAUCUCUAGAGGUGCCACUCCAAGAGCUGCCAGAUUUCCACCGCUUCAAAAGGGCACUCGAAAGUCCGCCCGUGUUAUGGUUUCACCCAACAAACCCAAGAAUGGUGGAAUCACCGCAGGGGUUUCACGUGCGGGGCCUUCUCGAGACGUUGCGGUCGGCAACGGCGCUGAUUCGGGAGCUGAAGUGGACAACGACGAAUAUUGUGCAUCGUGUGGUGGCGAGGGAAAACUUCUUUGCUGCGACGGUUGUACAAACUCGUUCCAUCAUGCUUGUCUCGAGCCGCCUUUGGAUGCCGAUGACGAGGUCGAAGGCGAAUGGUUCUGUCCUCAGUGUGUUGCAAAGCGAUCUAGAUCAACCACCAAGCCGACGGGACUUCUCGGAUCGCUCAUUCGCCGAGUUGACGACACCAUUCCAAAGGCCUUUGCACUUCCACUUGAUGUGCGGGAGUAUUUCGAAGGUGUCAAGACGGGCGAAGAGGGCGAAUACGAAGAAGUUGCCCUUCCGCGCACCCAGAACAAUGCCGUCAAGAUGAAUAGGGCCGGUUUUAUCGAAGAGCCGAACUACAAGGAAACCCGUGACAGCAAAGGGAACCUGAUCAUGUGUUAUCGCUGUGGCCAAACCUCAAAUGGACGCGACAUUAUCCCCUGCGACUUUUGUCCUGCUAAAUGGCACCUGGACUGCGUCGACCCGCCUCUUGCUAUCCCACCACGGCGUCGCGCUGAUUGGAAGCCGAGUUCGUCAUGGCGAUGCCCGUUGCAUAUCGAGCAUGACCUGGCGGCUCUAGGUCGUCAAGCCGAAGCCGCUCCGGGUGAUAUGGGCCGUGUGCCACGGCUGCGCAAGCCGAAGAACGCUGUGCCCGUGGAUGUUCCGGUGGCUCGUGGAUUCAAGAACAAUGGCAUCAUUGAAAUUGAGCCCAUGAGGGAUGAGAGCUUCGACCGGACGAAAGAAUUUCACAUGGAAGGCAAGAUCUACCGUGUUCCCGAAAAGGCGAUUCGACUCGACUUUAUUGAUCGCGUCAAGAAGAGUUGGUAUGAAGAUCAUUCGAUCCCACGAAUCUUGGACGCUCCGAUGAGAAUUCACGAAAAGAAAUACCGUCCAGAGGGUGCCGUCUUGUAUCAUCCUCCACAUGAGACAGUGGUGACGACCAAAGAACCCGACUUCUGGACCGGCGCGAAUGCACUCGCCAUCACAGAAACUGCAAGGGCCAAUGCGGCUCUUCGAAACCGCUCAAUUCAGGAACAGCAGACCGUUUUGACACUUGCCGAUAUGUCUGGCAAAGGUAUCGAUGGCUAUUCUGGAGACGCAUUGGCAGAAUUGACGAAUCGACUCAUUAGCGAAGCUCCCGCUGAGGUGAUUGAGUCUGUUGAGCGUAACGAGCUCAAUCAACUCCUUCAACUGCAGGAGCUCAUCAACAGAAGAAUUGCAGUCUUGGGACGUGAUUCCUCUGGAACUCCUCCCACAGCCAGUGUUACACCAGAGCCUCCCGCACCUGAAUCUCCAACACCACCAAGACAACAAAACGGAACAGAUGCUGGGUCUCCUCCUUGCAAUGCCACUUCGAAGAUGUUGAUGGGAACCAAAUUGGUCAACGGAGAUACACCAAAGGAGUUUCCACAUGGACCUACCGAUGGCACAGCCAAUCGAGAAGAAGAUGACGCUGACAACGAAAUGGAAAUGUCUCCUUGA